GGCCGCUCGAUCCCGUGCCGGGGGGGCCCCCCGCGCCGUCUUCUCCUCCCCGCAUCCCCCUUUGCUUUCAUGCAACGCCUGGUGGCCUGGGACGCAGCAUGCCUCCCCAUUCAGCCGCCCGCCUUUAAAUCCAUGGAAGUGGCUAAUUUCUAUUACGAGGCGGACUGUCUGGCUGCUCUCAACAAGCUGCACCCGCGGGCGGCCGGGGGCCGCUCCAUGACCGAGCUUACCGUAGGGGACCACGAGAGAGCCAUUGACUUCAGCCCCUAUCUGGACCCCUUAGCAGCAUCCCAGCAGCCGGCGCAACCGCCGCCUCCCGCAGCAGCAGCAGGGGGCAACUUUGAGCCUGCCUGCAGUAGCGGCGGCCAAGAUUUCCUUUCCGAUCUCUUCGCCGAGGACUAUAAAGGCAGCGGCGGCGGCAAGAAGCCCGACUACACCUACAUCAGCCUCGCCCGGCACGGCCACCCGUGCGGCAGCCAGAGCCACAAGCCGGGGGCGCUGCCGGGCUGCUUUCCGCCCCAGAUCGUGGAGACCAAAGUGGAGCCUGUCUUCGAGACCCUGGACUCUUGCAAAGGGCCCCGUAAGGAAGAAGGGGGAGCGGGGCCGGGACCGGGGGGCAUGUCCUCGCCCUACGGCAGCACCGUGCGCUCCUACCUGGGCUACCAGUCGGUGCCGAGCGGCAGCAGCGGGAACCUGUCCACCUCGUCCUCCUCCAGCCCCCCCGGCACCCCGAACCCCUCCGAGUCCUCCAAGUCGGCCGCCGGUGCCGGGGGCUACUCGGGGCCGCCGGCGGGAAAGAACAAGCCCAAGAAGUGCGUGGACAAACACAGCGACGAGUACAAGCUGCGCCGGGAGCGGAACAACAUCGCGGUGCGCAAGAGCCGCGACAAAGCCAAAAUGCGCAACCUGGAGACGCAGCACAAAGUCUUAGAACUGACGGCCGAGAACGAGAGGCUGCAGAAGAAGGUGGAGCAGCUCUCCCGGGAGCUGAGCACCCUCAGGAACUUGUUCAAACAGCUUCCCGAGCCCCUGCUCGCCUCCUCGCCCCGCUGCUGACCCCCGCGCCGGGCCGCGGGGCGAGCUGAGCGCUGCCCCCCUACGCCCUCUUCCCGGGACCGGGCUGCGUUUUCGGUUUCGUUGGGGGUUUCGUUGUUGUUGUUGUUUGUUGUUGUUUCGGUCUCUAUUUGCUUCCCCCCUCUAUCCCCGGGGCCAGGGGGCGGCGGGCGGCGCGGGGAGGGGGAGGGGGAGGGGGAAGGCCGCGGCCCCGGGGCUCUGCUGGGCGCUGGGGUUAUUUAAAACGGCGAGAGGAGAGCGAGGGUGAAGUGAUGCAAUCCUUUAAGCAUGGCUGGGAAUGCUGUGUACAUGAUGCAAUCUCGUGUAACUGUCAGUCAUGGAUUGAGUAAUCUGUUAAAGAUGUUCCUACAGUUUUUUUUUAUUAUAAAGAAUAAUCUAUUUCUAUAAGAAAAUACAUAUGUAUAUUUUGGGAUCUAUGCAUUCUUGCUACAUUUGAAGCAUUAAUGAACGAUUUUAAUAAACUUUAUGACUAGGUUAAAAAAA